CAACCGGUGAAUUAAAGAAUACACCUAUUGAUUUUUGAUUUAUAUGUUUUGUGACAAUGACGUCAUCUCCCAAAUAAGGUAAGUCAACAAAUCCAUGGAUCACUCUUAACUCUUCCUUAUCAACCCUUUAAUCAGCCCCAUGUUACUGGAAGCGCCUUUAAAAUUUUUGUGAAUACCUCGAAAAUGUUGCGCGAGAGGCUCAGUGGACGAUACCGUAUUGGUAGCCCUAGCGGUACUCCGAAAAGCAGAUAUAACCUCUAUGAUCAUGAAGAACAACCAGUGAUAACAGAACAGAAAUUAGCUUUACUGGGCUUGCUCCUCUCUGUUGUUGUGAUUUCUAGUAAAGUUAUCACUAACUACAGAGAAGUUAUAGCUAAAGCAGUCUUAGAGCGUAGGCUGAUUUCUCAUGAAAUAUUAAGUGACGAGGGGAACGAGGUGUUAGUAUAUUCAUGGAAAACUGUCUUGAAGUAUAGCAAUAUAUGGUUACCAGCAUUGUUUGGGUUUUUGAGCAGCUAUUUUACAUGGAUGAUGGUCUACUUGGAUUCUGCUGUGCCUGGAGUUCAGCCUCCAAGCCCUCUAUCUCCUAAAAGAUAUAAGGAGCAGUCCGGACACACUUUUCAUCUGAACUAUGUAUUUUCCAUAAUUGUAGGAAUAUUAGUAUUUUCCUAUAUGUACCUGAAAGGAGUCUCUAUUGAAUAUGAGGAAUAAAUUUGUGUACCUAUUUAAGUAGUUUGUUGAUACACUAGCUAUAAAAAUAGUUGGAUAUUGACACUCGCAAAUUAAAAUUUGUAUUAUUCUUGCUGUUGAGAAUAUAUGACUAAUUUUUCGAGAUAGUGUAUCAAGAUUUGUUAUCAGAAGUAUUUUUGAAUAUCCAUGGCAGCUUAUUUCCAAAGUAUUAAGCUUCUUUGUAUAAAUCAAGACAGUAAUAUUUAUACAUGACAUAUAUUUAUUUUAAAAACAAUAUACUGACAUUGUUGGCAUAGAAAAAUUAUGAAAAAUAAUUGUUACAAUUCAGAUAAAUAUCAUAUAUUUUAGAAUUUUGUUAUAUGGCAACUAUUUUUGGCAAUAUAAUUAUUUUUUAUAAUUCUACUAAACUGAAGUAAUAACUGUAUUCGUAAUUGGAGCAUUUAUUUAUUGUAUUGUAAUUUUACUUAUUUUGAAGAAUAAAACAAAGUGUAUAACAAAUAA